AUGGAUAAAAGUAUUAUCAAGAAAAGAGGCCGGCCUCCCAUCACGAAAGAUUAUCCUAAUCCCCUACAAAGUCCUAUGGCACAUUCAUCAAUGCAGGUCCAGAAGCAGGGACCUCACAGUUUUGCCAAACCUUUGAUGAAAGUAGGGCAAUCUAGUCCGUCCCCAAAUAAAAGAAGGCUCAGCAUUGAUCAUCAUCAUAAUUUGGUGGCCACUACAAGAAAAGGCAGAUAUAGAGGCGUUCUUCUCUCUACUCCCACAAAAAAAUCGGGAAAUGGCGAAUCUACACCAGUCUCUACACCAUCUUCGAACGACAGUUGUAAUAAUACAGUGUUUUCUGAAACAAGGAAAACUUUUCUACAAAGUUCUCCGCCCAUUAUGACAUCCUCUCCAACUUUCCAAAAGAGGAAUGAUUACAUGUUCCCUUCACCAGAUCAGUUCAAACUUUCUUUGACUAUUACUGAAAGUGGGAAAGCUAUAAUUGCGGGAUCUUCACCCUUUUCUCCAUCGUCGCAAUCAUCUCAUUCUUUAAUGAGCAAUAACAAUAGGGGGAAAUUCCUACAUAAUGGAAAAAUUCAUAAAAACAGUGAGAAGAAUGCACCUAAGUUUGAGAAAAAACGUAUUUUAUCUCUUUUGAAACAAAUGAAAAGUGACAAGGAUUAUGACACGAUUUCCGAAAUACGUCCGGUGAAAUCAUGCAGAUCUGAUAUCGUUGACGCAGAAUUACCAACCAUCGUGGAGACUUCGGCCUCUCCAAUAAGCAGCAUCAGAAACAACAACACAUUAUUUACACAUUCUCCACAAUCACCUCCGCCAAGCGCGCAACUUAAACCUCCAUCCACUCCAAAGAGUUCUUUACAAUUUAGGACUGGAUUCACUCCGAACGUUGCUCUAAAUCCUGUAUCUCUGAACGAUACUCUACCUAAAGCUACAACAAAUGCUGGGAUUUCCAACAGUAAUAAUAAUCACAACAACAAUUCAUCUGCUAAUAAUAACAUCGCGGAUGCUAAUAACUUGCUUACCUUGACUAAUAGCCCUGGAAUUUUUUUAUCACCUAGAAACAAAAUGUUGCCCAAACCAGCAACUACAUCGAACGAACAACAGCAAGAAUUUGUGUUUAAAUUUUCGAGUGGUGACCCGUUAUUGCUUACUGAUGAUGCAGACGGGAACUGGCCAGAAAUGAUAUUCAAUAUAUCAAACACUCCAAGACGUCAAAAAUGUUUCAAUACACCUCCUUCAUGGAUAAAUUUUGGCUCGCCCGGAUUGUUCAGCCCACCAAGAAGUAGCAACGUUAUGGUAAAUAGUUCCAACGCAGUAGCCGCAUCAGAUAACGGUAACGUUCAUAGACAAUUACAAGCUCAAUUGGAAGCGCAAGUACAAGUGCAGUCUCAAACCAACUCUCCUACUCAACGACAACAACAGCGUCAAUUUCAAAUGCCUCCACCGCAUAUAAACAUUAGUUCUUCUCCUCCGCAAAUCAACAUCGCUUCCCCACCGCAACAACCUAUGUCUCGUAGGUCAUCUACCUACUUCGUAAAAGAAAAAAUUACAAUGGGAACAACAAGUACACUAGGUAACACCAAAAGUGAAAACUUGCAACCUGCAGCAAAUUUGUUUAAUGCUACUCAUGGUCCCUCAACUCCUAGAAAUCAAGAAUUUCAAUUACCCACUUUAAUUGAAUGUACCCCAUUAAUCCAGCAGACUAUGAAUGGCUCACUGGGAACCAAAUAUAUACCGGAGACUUCCAUCUCAAACAAUGUCCCUCCCAAUUUGCAUGGGUUCACUACUGGGAAUGUUAAAACUUCCUCAAACUUUGAUGAUUCAUUGAAACAAAAUUCUUACAGCAACAAACAGGAUGAUGCUAGGACUGCCUUAAAAAGAUUGAUCGACGAUCAAUAA